AUGAAAGUAAAGAUCAGAACAUGGAAUGCGGUUGCGACUUGGAGGUGGGAUCUUGACGAAGACGACGUCUGUGGUAUUUGCCAGGUACAUUUCGAUGGGACAUGUCCUACUUGCAAAUACCCCGGAGACGAUUGCAGUUUACUAUCAGGGAAGUGCGGGCACAAUUUCCAUAUGCACUGUAUCGUAGAAUGGAUCAAACAAGAUUCAUCCAAGGGGCAGUGUCCUAUGUGCAGACAGAAAUUCGAAUGGACCGACAAUGCAACUGCGCCGGAGCCAGUACAGCCUUGA